AUGGCAUGUAUGCGUCCAUUGUCCGCACGCCGCUCUCUUCCUGUCCUCCCGUGUCGUGAACUGAGCGUGCGGCCUCUGGUUAGCAGACAUGUUUUCCUUGAACUGCGGACCUUUCAUGCUUUCCAUGCGCCGUGGGAGGAGGCCCAUGCCCCUCUUCGCAAGCAGUUGAAGCAAGCUGCGAAAUCGGCAAAGUUGGCGAAAGCACCUGGAAGCUCUCCAGAAUUCAAUAGUAACGACACUCUCAACGACUGGGAACUAACUGUUGGUAUUGAAAUUCAUGCCCAGUUGAAUACUGCCAGAAAGCUGUUUUCCUCUGCGUCAACAACACCAAGCACUGAGCCCAACUCAAAUGUUGCGGCUUUCGACAUUGCUUUGCCUGGGACUUUGCCUGUCUUCCAACCAGCUGUCGUGCUCCCGGCCCUCCGAGCCGCCCUUGUGCUAGGAUGCCGCGUCGAACCGGUCAGCUACUUUGAUCGAAAACACUACUUCUACCAUGAUCAGCCUGCAGGCUACCAAAUAACUCAAUAUUACCACCCGUUCGCAAGACAUGGUCGGAUCACUCUAUCAUCGGACGAUGGCUUGCCAGACGGAGAGCAGAUCAACGUGCGCAUAAAGCAGGUGCAGUUGGAACAAGAUACGGCACGAAGUCAGGAGGAAGACGAACAUACAACAUUGUUGGACUUCAAUCGAAGCGGUCAUGCAUUAAUCGAGAUCAUAUCCCUUCCCGACAUUCACUCCCCACGACAUGCCGCUGCAUACGUCCGCAAGGUCCAGGCUUUGUUGUACGCUGUUGAUGCUGUCACCACUGGAAUGGAGCUAGGUGGACUACGAGCCGACGUGAACGUGUCGGUCCGGCGGCGCAACACCUGUAGCGAUCAAGGGCUUGCAUAUGGCGGUGUUUCUGGCCUUGGGCAAAGAACCGAAAUCAAGAAUCUCAGCACUUUCAAGGGCAUUGAGGAUGCCAUCACCGCAGAAAGAGACCGCCAAAUCAAACUGCUGGAGUCCGGAGGGAGGGUUGAACCGGAAACCAGAGGUUGGUCGAUGACACACCCCAAUGAAACCAGAAGGCUUCGAGGCAAGGAGGGCGAAGUCGAUUAUAGAUACAUGCCUGACGCUGACGUCCCUCCGUUGUGCUUUGACAUGGAACUUGUCGAUUACCUUUCCAAGACUUUGCCUCCGACCCCCGAGGUUCUUGUUCGCCGUCUCAUCAAACAGUAUGGACUUUCACUCACAGACGCAAGAACGCUCGAAUCCCUUGACGACGGUGAAAGGUUGAUUUAUUUCCAGGAAGUUGUCGAUGAGCUGUUGAAUCUCAGCUUCAAAACCGAAUCUCCUAGGGAUGUCGGUAAACUAGCAGGGAAUUGGGUCCUACACGAACUCGGCUCCCUCUUUUCAGUAGAUGAGAGUCCCUGGUCAAGCCGUAGAGUUCCAACCCGAUCUCUGGCACAUAUCAUCCAUCACCUACGGAAAGGCGAGAUCAAGGGGCCCUCUGCGAAGUUGAUACUGAAGCUCCUCUUCAAAGGAGACAGACGUACAGUUUCCACCAUUAUCCGAGACGAAAAUUUAUCCUUCACUAGGAUGUCGCCAGAGGAGUACGAGGUCAUUGCCACCGACGUAAUUGAGAGGUUCCCCGACACUGUCAAAGAGAUCGUUCAGAAGGGCAAAGUUGGGAAACUCCAGUUCUUAAUGGGUCAAAUGAUGAGACAUCCACGGAGGAGCGAAAUAGAACCGCCCCAGGCUGAGAAGACUCUACGGCAGCUUAUCCUGGGUGAGAAGCCAUAG